AUGGCCUCGACAGUCGACGUCAAGUCGGCAUUCAAUAUAAAGGUACUGAAGCGUCAUGAUGCAGCCAUCGACUCCAUUGUGCACUCUGCUUCCUUUGUCGUACUGUACUUGUACGACACAACGAAGGGAGCAUGGUCAAAGACGGGCAUAGAGGGACCCAUGUUCCUUUACCAUCGCACUCAAGCUCCUCACUACGGCAUGUUCCUGCUCAACAGGAACGGUGUGGACAACUUCAGCGUACCGCUCACCAAGGAUGACGAUCUGGAAUUGACCGACGAAUUCGUGAUUCUGCGGACAGAGGAUGCCACAUCAUUGGGAGAGGAGGAGGAAGAUGAUGACGAUGAGAAAAUCAUUGGCGUCUGGGUCUUUGAGAAGGAUCAGAGACAAAUUGUAGGCAAUGAAAUGCUGAGGUUGCAAUCACUAGCAGCCAAAGAGGAUGCCGCUCCGUCAGGAUCAAACAGGAACAGUUCUGCCUCUUCGACAUCCCAGGCCCAGCCCGCCUCCAUCUCACUAGACGCCCUCUUCGCAUCUGCAUCGCAACCAUCACCUUCUCACCCUCCCCCUGCCCAGCAACAGCCUCCUCCUCAAUCCACCUCGUCCGUUGGUAGUGGUCCGGCUCUGCUAGAUGCCAUCUUUCAAUCUGCUUCCUCUCCCUCUCCACGCCCGAGCCCACAACCGACUGCGCCCCCUGUAGCGCCUCCCUCCGCCCCCUCAGGAGCUGCAGCCUCAUCGUCAUCGUCGGAUGCAACGGCCGGACUGAUGGCGAUGCUCGGGCUAGGCUCAUCGGCCAAGCCUAGUGCUCCUGCAGCGCCCCCACAGAAGGAAAGCAGCAGCAGCAAUAAUCAAGAAGGAUCAGCUAUAGGGACUGGUAUCCUACCUGCCGGUUUGCAAGCUCUCUUCAGCAGUGCAGCCUCCGCUAUCCCUUCCACCUCUGGCUCUAGCAGCAGCAACAAGGAGGCUCCCAGCAGCACCAAUGGGGCCAAGCCUGCCGCCAAUCCUCCUACAGGUCCCAAGCGCGCUUCCACGCCUACAGGGCCCAAGGCGAGUCAGAACCGAUCACCUGUGCAAGUAAAGCGCAACGUGGCCGCCUCCUCUUCCCCUGUCAAGUCGGCCGCACCUAUCUCGGCUCCUACAGGACCAAGGGCAGCCUCGAAGCCCAGAGAGGCUCCUCAGCAAGCUGCUGCUGCUGUCACUGCUGCCCCUUCAUUCAGGGAUACAAGCGCCGAGGCGGCCAAUGGGCAGAUGGCCAAACAUGAAGAGAAGCAGAAGAGCGCCGGCGCUAGCAAUCCUCCGCUCAGCAAGACAGAAUUCAUGCGAGAGCUUUUGGGCUUGAUUCACACCGACAAGGCUUUCACCGCGGAUCUGUACGAAGCAUACCUGUCUCGACAGAAACAGUGA